CAGUCUCUGGUUGGGACGUGAAGACGUAAGCAUGGGGUUCGAAAAUAACCCGCGAGGCGCAUACAAUUUUAAAUUACUCUAAUCGCAUUAUCAUCCCGUUUAAGGAAAGUCGCUGAAAAAUCGGCGGGCGGGAAAAUCAAAACGGAAAACCGGCAACAUCGUGUCCAUGACUUAAAUCCCAAAAAUCUCCCUCUCCAAGAAUUGAUCAAAUUCUUAUUUUUAACCCAAAAUCGAACGAACGAAACGAGUAAUUAUUUCGCGUAAUCUAUAUACGCAAUGAGCCUGUUAAAGGGACCCAAUUUAUUAAUCUAAGGACCUUAUAUUUUCAUCCUAAUAGUACGUUCACAAAAAUAUGAUGAACUAAAAAUUAGAGUUUAAUUGAAGAAUAGUUAAGACAAAAAACUAAAAGCUCAAUGAUCAGUGAGCGCGAACGUGAUACGCACACACACGAAGGUUGUUCGUGCAACGAAUAAUUAUGACAAUCUGAUUCGUCGCUAAAGUGAACGGGAUUUAUUCGCGAGUGAUCGCAAUACUUAGUGGUGUUGGAGAAAAAGGAGAAAAAGACUAUUGCUAAUUCUGCGGGAUACGAUUAACUGACAAAAAUCAUAACAUGUCGGUGCUACUAGAAGCGAGGCCUUUCAGGCCUUUCAAAUCCUCCGAAGAGUACUUGGUCGCGAUGAAGGAGGAUUUAGCCGAGUGGUUGAACGCCUUGUAUCCGGAAUUGAGAAUGAAUCUGGACAACUUCAUGGACAGACUUGAUACUGGUGUCGCUUUAUGCAAACACGCGAACAACGUGCGAAAAUCAGCGGGCGAGUAUGUGGCUCGGCGGCAAGCACGAAAGAUCAUGACACGCUCGAUAACCUCAUCGCUGGCAGUCCCAAUGAGCCAGUUGAGCGAUGUGGCCUUUCUGACAAACGCGAAGGCCGGCACUUUCUUCGCCCGGGACAACGUAUCCAACUUUAUCAGCUGGUGCCGCAAUAGCCUGGGUAUCAUCGAGUGUCUGCUCUUCGAGACUGAUGACUUGAUAAUGCGUAAGAACGAGCGGCACGUGAUACUCUGUCUGCUUGAAGUAGCCAGACGAGGGGCCAAAUUUGGCAUGUUGGCCCCCAUGUUGGUACAAAUGGAGCGGCAAAUCGACCGAGAAAUCGCGGCGGAAAAUAAAGCUACCAACGGAACCAACAACGACGACAGCGACGACGAGUACGCUGAUAUGCAACAGGAAGAACCUUGUCUUAUCUACGGACCCCAGCCACAGAUUGUCACCAACGAUCUGAAGAGCCUUGACGAAAUGGUUCGCGAACUGGUGGAAAGAUGUACCUGUCCUACACAAUUUCCGAUGAUUCGGGUUUCUGAAGGCAAGUAUCGUAUUGGGGACACCAAGGUGCUCAUCUUCGUGAGGAUUCUGAGGAGUCACGUGAUGGUACGAGUGGGCGGUGGCUGGGACACCCUUAGCCACUAUUUGGACAAGCACGAUCCCUGUCGGUGUCGAACCUCACACCGAUCAAUGAUCUCGGCAAAAUUAAUUCAGAAAGCAGGCGGUUCCUUCGAUCUUGGUAGCGCGCAGGUGCAUUAUGAACGAUCACCUCCAAGGACCCGCCGCAGUUCCGCCUCUAGCGUCGGUUCCUGCGCAGGAACGUUACAAUCUCAAAAUCAGCAGCCUUUAUCAUUGCAAAUCCCCAGAAGCGUUUCAAGCAAUCGAUCUCGAUCACCCACCCCUCACCAGGCGACUAGACAUCAUGGCGAGGACACGAAGAAGACUGGAAACCGUUCCAGGAGUCCAACACCGCAGGGGAAGCACCUCACCAAUCCAGCCCAUCAGCUAUCAGAUGCUGGAAAGCUAAGGUCCAGGUCACCAACCCCGAAGACGAACACCAGGUCAAGAAGUCCAACUCCAAAGGUGGAAAAUGGAAAGGCGAACGAUCCCUUGAUACUGGACCCAACCAGAAAAGCCCUCAACGAAGAAAUCCGACAGGUCAAAUACGAUGGACGAUCUCAGAUGUAUCACAGCAGACAUCAGGAUAAUUAUCAGGAUCCGAAGAAAGACCUUCACCAGGAGAUCAAGGAGAAGGUGCCACUCUCGGAAGAGUUUUCAAAACGUUACGUGGUCGAAGGUGGAGUGGCCCGCCGAGCUCUAGACAAGGAUGAUACCCCGAAGUACGAGCCAGCGAUAUACAAUUACAAAUGUCAAGAAGAUUCAUCAAGUCGCAGUCCGACACCAAGCCCGCCAGUCAAGGACGAAUCUGGUGAAUCUUUCGGAAAGUCGCCACAUGGAGAUGGCGAGCACUCCGACAAUGGUAGCGAGGUCUCAGAUGAAGGUUACAGAAGUUUAGGAGCGGUGCAACCAUCAACAACCAAUGGAAGCACUGGAACAGGUACCGGUACUCAAGGAUCGCCCACGGUUGUCGACUGUCACAAACAACCGACAAAAGCAGAUCAAGAAAGAUCCUGCGUAGAGACGGAGAGUAUCGAGACGGGUUUGCGUAAGACCAGAAUCGGGCCUCCGAGUCCCUUGAGAGCAUCUCCAUCCAGAAGUGCAGCUUCCUCAUCCGGUGACCGAACUCCACGAGCAGGUUCUAUUGUGCGGGAAAGCAGCAAUCUCUCAAAAGCCUCAUCAGGAAGCAGAACUCCAAGAGAAGGCAACUCGAGUCCAGAAUCAAGUCCCUUACACCGCAAGGGCAUUCGUGCGAGCAUCAAAAAGCCUCCAUACGGAAGCAUCAGUAAAGCUUCCGCUGUUCCCAAGUUGCUUCAGAGUCCAUCCAAUGGUGCCAAUACCUGGAACGGUCGACAAACUAAACAAAGGCCAAGCUUGCAAGCUGACACCUUCACCAAUCCCAAAAAUUCCUCUCCGACCUCCAGUUUCUCGAGGAAAAAUUCCAUCAGACAAAGUCUACCAAGGCCCUCCAACGGUCCCCAAUAUGAUAGAAAUGGACGCAGGAUCAGACCAGCAACUUCUUCUCUUCAAUCAUCACCAACCAAAACUGCUAAUCCUCUGCUGGAGCAAAUUCUCCAGAAGGUUGGUCAUCUUCAAGAUGAUCAGCAGGUUGUUCAGAAGCUUCAAGACUUUCUAAGAGAUUAUAAGGGCCAUGGAACAACGCCAGGUCAUGAGGGAGAUCCUACUCUUGAUUUUACUAGAGCCUGGAUCGAUGGAAAUGGAAUUGUUGAGCUUCCAGCUGAAGGGUCCAUUUCUGUUAGUCCUAGAAAAGACCCAAAAGCAUCGACAGAAAGAGGCAGUUUUUCAAGGAUACCUGCUCCUGUCUACAAAAGGCCUAUGUCUGUUGCUUCUGAUAGCAUCUGAUCUGCUAGAAGGAAGUCGUGAGGUUGAAGGUACCUCGAGUCUUCGAGGCUGGUGCUCCCGAGUUCUUUAAUUUUUAUUGAAUAACGGGUUCGCCUCGAGUUAAGUGAAUCUCCUCGAUGUGUCCUUUAAUCGGAAUCUCGGUAUGAGUAAUCUUACUGGUGCACACAAGGAUUGGUGAGAUCGACGAAUUCAGUUUCAGACUGGUGCUUUUAGACUUUAUUGUUCCAGAAUCAAAAUUAAGCAGGGAUAAAAAAAGAGCGGAUUUAAUCAGCUGUUUAAUUCACUUUCAGAGGAGAACCACUGCCGAGCGGGGGAUAAAGGGCGUGGCUUAAUCCUCACUAGGUUUCUAAUCACGCGUGCGGCAGAGGUUCUCAACAAAAAGGGUAAACGUUGCCUGCACAAAUCCGCUCUCUAGAAAUAAAUAAAAGUACAACUUAUGCACUACAAUACUCCGAUUAUAUUACAGAUUUCAGAAUCAGGAACAAAUUGCAAACGGAGAUUCCAUUCCUCCCAAAUACACAGGAACCUUUAAACAAAUUCAGACUACUAGCUUUAUUUCAGGUUAAAUUUUACUUGCCUUAAGAGCUAUUGUUGUGCAGCAGUUGUAGCAUUUCUCACAGUGCAAGUGUUCGAGGGAUUUAGUACGCGACUAGGGACGUUUAUAGCCAGUCAAGUGCGUUAAUAGUUUCCCGAUCGGCUUCCAGUGUGUUGAUUGCAGACCGAAUGAUUCAAGAUCGAUGACCCCAGGGCGCGUAGGAACUUCCAACGUUUGAGGAUCAAGAAUGUUAAUCAAAGAAUUGAUUUAAAAAAAAACUGAUUUCAAUAUUUUGUGGUUCCUACGCACCGUAAUCUUAAGUGUGUUUUGUUAGUUAUAGGUCCGUGAUUUUUAAUCGCUGACAGUUUAAUCGCCUUUACUCGAGAUGAAACAAUUCAGCAAUCAGGCAUGGUAUUGCUAACUGAGUUGCUGGUUUUCAUCACCUCUGGUUUUUAGCGAUUACGACGAUCGUUUAUAGAAAUUAUUUAUUUAUAUAGUCUAUCGGUUGUAUUUAUUAAAGACGAUUUAUUUACGCGUUGUAACCUCGUUUUUCUGCGCCAGAAAAUGCAGCAGAGAAGUUUGGUAGGUGCGAGAGAGGAGGUGUGUUAUAGGAAGGGAGAUUCUGACUCCAGAAUAUAUAGUAUAUUAAAACUUAAAUAUACUAUGCAUUAUCAAAAUAACCCCAACAGACUGUGUAGAGAGCAUAUAUCCACGAAGAACAAAUGUCAUUCCAAUGUUUAAAUGUCUUUUUAUACCAAAAGCAAACGUAGACCAUUUUUUUAACAAGUGUCUUAUCAUUAGGGAGUGGUCAGUUGAAAUCUCCAUCAGAGACUGAACUCCUGCAAACCUUCAAGGUUAAAAUUUAAUUGAAAUAUGCGUCGACGUGAUAAGUAAAAGACAGGUAGGCGAAACGAUAGCAAGAGCCUAAACUAUUUUUUUAGUAACUUUAGACAAUUGACGAGCAUAGGUUAUACCACGUGGAGACUAUCUCGUGAACUUGGCAAUAAGGCUGAAUAUUUCUUAUUUCUCAGUAACAAUUAAUUUGAUUGAUUUAAUCGAAUUAAAAAAAUGUUCAGUUCUUAUAGUUAUUAUCAAAUGUUUUAAGACUUUUGUUUAGUAUUGAUAUUUCAUGAUAGGAAUUUAAGCCUAAAGUGCCAAACUCGCGAGUUAGAGAGUUUUAGAUGCUCCACGUUUUUGAGAGUGUAGUAUUUUUUUAAGCGAUUUUAGUACCCACGAUACCCACAGUAAGGAGAAGUGAAUAAAUAAUAAUUGAUACAUAUGCAUGCCGAAGCUUUACAGCCCCGAUUACAGCUUAAUCGUGUCAAUAAAUAAUAUCGAUUAUGAUGCAUUACUGCUAUCAUUAUUAUUAUCGCUAUUACGAACUACGAUUAUCAGUAAUUUCACAAUUAUUACCACGAUAAUGAUUGCUAUUAUUAAUAUUAUUGUACGCGAUGUUGCCUAUUUUAUGUUAUAAUUUUAUCUACAUCUACGUCAAGUUGUAAACUCAGAAAUUGAACAUUAAUAAAAAUAUAGAAAACC